UCAAAUUUGACCGGGUGUUGGUUCGGGUUAGACAUUGUGUUUCGGUGUUGCUCCCAAUCCCCGAGUCCAUCUCCUUCCUUCUCUCUCUCUCUCUAGGUAACCACGAAAUCUCACCGUCUUUUUUACCGUCGCCGGCGAUCGGUCAACAGUCGACCUCCGUUAGCCACAACUUUCCUCAAUCGCCGACAUGCCGAUGACUAUCGAAGGUAAAAAAAUCACCUCUCUCUCGGCUCUCUCUCUUAUUAUCUCCCUGACAGAAUCGGGAUCAAAUUCGAUAUUGAUUCCCACUUUCCUUCAAUCUCUCCUUGCUUGAUGCGGAUAUCUUCUGGAAUGCUCAAAUUGAUGUUUUUGGUACAGUACUUGCUGGACUUGCCUUCAUGUUUUCAUCAAGUAUCCUCCUACAGAUCCUGGCUUGCGCGAUAUAUAGUAACUGGUGGCCAAUGCUGUCAGCACUCAUGUAUGUGGUUGUGCCUAUGCCAUGCAUGUUCUUUGGAGGAGGCUCAACACAAUUCCUAAUUAGUCGAGAUGGUGGAGGGUGGAUAGAUGCAGCGAAGUUCUUGACAGGAGCAUCAACGGUGGGAAGCCUGGCGAUUCCAAUCAUUUUAAGGCAUGCAGGAAUGAUCGAGACGGGUGCAAUGCUGAUAGAAUUCACAUCGUUCUUCAUAUUCAUAUGCACCGUCAUGUGUUUUCACAGGGCUAGCCUGGAUGAUGAUUGGUAACAGAUAAGUUCUUGUAUGUUAUUUACUAAUUGGACUCGCAUGAGAAAGAGAGAGAGGAGAGAGUUGAAGUGUGAUGUGUUGUGUUCUCUCCUUUUGUAAAGCUUUGUGUAUCAAUCAGUGUCUCUGUAAAAAUCUAUUCAUCGUAGUUAAUGUGAUGCUUUGUGUUUUUCUUUA